AUGUCGAGCACGUCUACUUUCGCUCGCUGGAAGAAGGCGGACCUGAUUGACCUGGCCAACAAGCUGGAAAUCGACGGCUUCCCCAACUACGCAAAGAAGAGCGACAUGAUCGAGUUCCUGGAAACGCACCUGAACCGUCUCGAGAGUCCCGUGGAUUUCAAAGACGACUACCCGGAACUGAAGUCGUUCUACGAAUCGAUCAUCGCGGACCAGUCCAAGGACGAGGAGGACGUGUCCGGGUCACGAUCCGGGUCCUCCGACACCGCAGCAAACGACUCUGACCUGGAAAAGGCGUAUAUCAAGGACGACGACGGAUCUCAAUCCACUGACGAGGCCAGCGCGAAGCCCGACGCAGAGGCCAGCGCGAAGAAGAACUUCAAUCUGCUCGAUUUCAGCGCUGACCACGACUCGUCCGUCUCUGCGUUGACCAAGUUCAAGUUCGACUUCCAGGACAGCCUCUCCGACAUCAAGUGGCAUGUGCAGAAACUGAACGAGAAUGUGCAGGACUGUCUGUCCACGAUCUCUUCCGUCGACGCCAUCUUUUCUCUCGUGGAGUGCUCUCUUUUGGUGAGACAGGUAUUAGCCGCCGGGCGGUCCACCGCCUCCCCCUCUUCGCUCGCCUCGUCGUUCGAAGCCGCUGCCGCCGGCCACACGGAACCGCAGCGCAUGCUCGAUUUCUGCCUGCCUAUACUCACAUGGCUGCUCUUUUUCAGAGGCAUCCCGACGCUGGUGUCGUACUACAUCAACUUCAUCCGGUACGACCUGGACAUCGAGUUGGAUCCGAUGACGUUCAACCUUUCGAAAUUCUUGAUCUCUCUGGCAAUCUUCAAAACCUGUAAUAAUAAAAACAUAGAUUUCCACUCUUUCCAAUACGUCGACCAAGUGUGGACCCAGCUCUGUGUCGUGAACCACUCCCUGGGCACGGUGCCCCUGGUGUUAUCCAUGGCCAGCUGCCUACUGACUCUAUACGUCCUAUAG